AUGAACGGGGAACCGAUGAACAUCAGCGACGUCUUCGGUCUGAGUGAGGAUUACUUUGGGUCGGGUAAUAAUAGCUCGGAUUACUCACUUGAUGACAACACGUUAGUGUGCUCCCUGCAGGAGGUCAGAACGUUCUCUGGGCUGUUUGUGCCGAUCGCUUACUCCCUGAUCUGCAUCUUUGGCCUCCUGGGCAAUGUUUUGGUGGUGGUCACCUUUGCUUUCUACAAGAAAGCCAAGUCUAUGACAGACGUGUACCUCUUGAACAUGGCCAUCGCCGACAUACUUUUUGUCCUCACCCUCCCGUUCUGGGCCGUCAGCCACGCCACCGGCGAGUGGAUCUUCAGCAACGCCAUGUGCAAGCUGAUGAAGGGCAUCUACGCCAUCAACUUCAACUGCGGGAUGCUGCUCCUGACCUGCGUCAGCAUGGACCGCUACAUUGCCAUCGUCCAGGCCACCAAGUCCUUCAGGCUGCGGUCCAGGACGCUGGCGCACCGCAGGGCCAUCUGCUUCGUGGUCUGGGUGGCUUCGGUCCUCAUCUCCGGCUGGACGUUCACGUUCAACCAGAAGUACGACGUGCACGGCAGCUACGUGUGCGAGCCCCGGUACCAGGCAGUCUCGGACCCCAUCAAGUGGAAGCUGCUGAUGCUGGGGCUCCAGCUCCUCUUCGGCUUCUUCAUCCCGCUGGUGUUUAUGAUCUUUUGCUACAUGUUCAUCGUCAAAACCCUGGUGCAGGCUCAGAACUCCAAGCGGCACAAGGCCAUCCGCGUGAUCAUCGCGGUGGUGCUGGUGUUCCUGGCUUGCCAGAUCCCCCACAACAUGGUGCUCCUGGUGACGGCCGCGCAGCUGGGCAGGAUGAACCGCUCCUGCCAGGGCGCCAGGCUGCUGGGCUACAGCCAGAACGUCACCGAGGUCCUGGCCUUCCUGCACUGCUGUCUCAACCCCGUGCUCUACGCCUUCAUCGGCCAGAAGUUUCGGAGCUACUUCCUGAAGAUCGUGAAGGACCUGUGGUGUGUGCGGAGGAAGCAGAAGGCGUCGGGCUUCUCCUGCUCCAGGCUGCACUCGGAAGCCUUCACCUCCAGGCAGAACAGCGAGACCGCGGACAACGACAACGCGUCGUCCUUCACCAUGUGA